AUGACGAGAACUGAGUCAGCAUCAGAAUUUCUGGGAAAAGCCUCCAGAGCAGUUGGUGAAGAUGAGGAGGAAGAAGAGGAGGAUUCCUCAGCCAUCUUCGCAUCAAACCCUACAAACUCCAGGGUGUCUUCAAAACGCAGCUUCUUCUGUAUCGCACUGUCCUUCCCUGGCCCGCCGGUAACUCCCACCCCCUCCUUAACGGUCCCGCGGGGAGCUUCGCGCUGCAGCGCCCUUACCGGAAGUGACUGGGCAGACACUUUUCAUAGCGCCCAGAUCCCGAAGCCCCCAGGAGCAUUUUCUAAGAUGGCUGGCCAGAGUUACGGGUGCAUUCUAAGGCCCAAGAAACAGGAAGAUCCUUUUAUCCUGCCACACCAGCAAGUUGAUAAAGGAGCCAUCAAAUUUGUACUCAGUGGAGCAAAUAUCAUGUGUCCAGGCUUAACUUCUCCUGGAGCUAAACUUUACCCUGCUGUAGUAGAUACAAUUGUUGCAAUCAUGGCAGAAGGAAAACAGCAUGCUCUGUGUGUUGGAGUCAUGAAGAUGUCUGCAGAAGAUAUUGAGAAAGUCAACAAAGGAAUUGGCAUUGAAAAUAUCCAUUAUUUGAAUGAUGGGCUGUGGCAUAUGAAGACCUAUAAAUGAGCCUUGGAAGGAAUGCACUUGGCUAAAUACGGUUAUUGUGCUGUAUCUGUGUUUGUGUCUGUGUGUGACAGCAUGAAGACAAUACCUCUGUGGUUAUGCUGAAUAAAUUCAACAGAUGCUAAAGUUCUGUUAGCUUCAAAAAUUAUUUUAAUUUUUCUUAAAGUCAACUUAAAAUUGGGUGGCAAACUUGGACAUUACGAGGUAUCUGGUAAGUAAUCAAACUCAGACAACUUGAUGUCCUUUCUUAGGCUAAUGAUGUAAAAUGAAGGGCAGGACUUGGUAAAUGAACUUGAUAGUAUAUGGCUGACCCCCAGAGACUCUGCCUACUUAAUGGGGCUGGAAGAUAGACUGGAAAUUUUCUCCCAUUACUCCCUGAAAAUGCCCUUUCUCUUUUGUGUGUUUUUUGUUUGUUUGCUUGUUGUUUUUCAACUUUUCAUUAUGGAAAAUUCCAGACAUAUAUGAAAGUAUGUGGGGAAUAGUAUAAUGAACCUUUUCUGUAUCCAUCACCCAGCUUCAAUUCAUGGCAAAUCUUACUUCAUCUGUAUCUCAUUACUCUUUCCCACUCCACUCCCCAAUUAUUUUGAAGCAAAUCCCAGAUAUAUCAUUUUAUCUAAACUUUAAUGUGUAUCUUUACAAGAUAAGUGGUUUAAAAAAAACUAUCAUCACACCUAAACUAUCGUUAUCACACCUCAAAAAUUUAACUGUUUCUUAAUAUGAUCAAAUAUCUGGUUCAAAUAUGUGACAAGUGAACUUGAUUGCCUCUUUAUUUUUUUAACCAUUUGUUUGCUUGAAAUUGGUCCUGGACAAGGUCCAUAUAUUGCAUUUGGUGGUUAUUUAAGUCUCUUACGUUAGAAAUUCUCCCUUUGUCUUUUCCCCUUUAAAUUAAUGAUUGAAGAAAUCUGGUUGUUUUGUCUUACAGAGUUUUCUCCUGCAUUCUGGAUUUUGUCAGUUGUAUCACUGUGAAGUCGUUUAAUUUGUUUUUUAUGCCCCCCUGUGUAACCCAUAAACAGAUAGGCUUGAUGAGAUUCAGGUUGAAUUUAUUUAGUGCCCUGUCCCAAAGCUGGGGAAACUCGUACUACACAGAUGCUCGGAACUUUCAGAUUUGCAUCCCCACUGUAUGCCCCAGAGAACAUGUAUCUCCUAUCAUAAGUGUUCUAUGAAGGCCAUGGACCUAUUUCAAUAAGAACAGUAAACUGUUUUGGGAAUUAAAUGAGAAUUAAGUGGGAAUGUACGUAAUGACAGUGGGUAUUUCUCAAUAACCCUGCUGUUCUAGUGUCUCAGUCAUUUUCAUUUGGUUGUUUACCAAUAUAUGACAUGUGAUUUUAUUUUUCAGAUGGAUACAGACAUUUACAAGACUGUGGUGACCCGUGUUACAGUUAGAAGUUGGUGAGAAAGGUGAGGGUAGUUAGUAAAAAGAGGCCGUUUGGCUUUUGCAGCUUGGCCCCCAAGAUACAACAUAGGUGAAGGUUAUUGAUCCGGGCUCUGACCCUCAGACUGAGAAACUGUUUCCCACUAAUGACACUUGUAGGACUUGAGGACUCCCACAUUAAAAUGUAAAUGUGUUAGUUUAUAGCGGUAUGUCUGCUUAGGGUACACAAUUUUAAACAAGAAGUUUUCUUUUCUUUUUUUUUUUUUACCAAGAAGUUUCCUGAUGUACAUGGAUAAGAGUAAAGGAAGGUUGAAAUUUGGAGGAAUAUUUCAUCUGGGCUGGCAUAAGGCUUAGAGAAUUUUUCCUACUUCAUCAUUAAUUAGAAUGCUUAUGUCUGCCACAAUCUUUCUUUCCUAGCCUGUGGAGGAAUCCUGAUAUUUUACUUCCUAUAUCCUUUUUAAGUUCUAUGUAGAAUAUUUUUCUUCGUCAUGACAGUAAUAUUCUACAACUGAGUAUAUUUUUAUAUUUUACUAUUUAUUCCUGAUGGAAAAAAGUGUAAAUAGUGUAUAAAUCAUCUUUAAGUGUGGGUUUCUUCAAAAGUCUCAUUUUAUGCUGACUUACUGGUUUCAAAUUCUGAUGUCUCUCCACUUGAGGGAUGAGGCACCCUAUUUGAGGCCUGUAGCACCUUACAUUCUUAAAAAGAGAAUAUCUGAGUCAUUGAUGUCAAAAUCAAACAUUGAACUUCUAUUUUUGGUGCUAAGUUAAUGUUAAUUGACCAAGAUUGCCUCUAGAGUGUUAGCAAUAAAAAAACAAAGCACACACAUAUUAGAGAAAUGAAAACCUUUAAUUGCCUGGUUUCUGAAAUAAUUUAUCCUUAUUUCUCACCACUGUUAACAGUGGGUGUAGGGAACACUUUAAAAAUAUUUAACAUCAUCAUCUGUGCUUGUUUUUCCUACUAUGCUGAGGUACAGUGACUCUGUUGCCUUGGUGAUGUGGACUAAAUAUAUAUGUUUUCUUCUUCCCCCUGGGUCUGAGGCCUCAGGUCAUGGUGUUAGUCAGGGGUGUCACUCUACAUGGGGAGCCUGGUCAGUUUCUCAACAUGAGGUCAUGCAGAAAAGCCAAUUCAAAGAGGUUAAACUAGCGUCUCAGCCUCUUGAGGUCUUACUCUUAAAGGGAACCUAGUCUACCCACAUUCCUGAGAGUAGGAAUACAGGGAGAGCCUGUUUUCUCUCAGGCAAUGUGUCUUCAGUUCAUUUUUAGUUUCAAAAUUAACUUUGUGUCAAGCCAGCCUACAAUCUAGCCAUUUCUGUGUAUCUGACAUACUCAGCCAAGGUCAGUUCAGCUCAAUGAAUAUUUAUAUAUUUUUUAAAGAUU